UAUUUCGUAUUGUUUAGGUUGGUAAUCAUUUGUGGCUUGGCUAGGCUGGACUAGGCUUUGUUGCGUCGGUUGCAUUUCAAUUAUGGUAUCAUCGUCAACAACCGGCGACGUUCAUGAAUGCGAGGCGCCCGACUUCGAACGGGUUGCUCCGGCACUCUUGGGUGUCGAAAAUUUAUGUGAAGGUGUCCGUGGAAUUCAGUAAGCGCAAGUCUGGAUGAUCCAGUGGCAAUGAUAGCUGCAGGGGAACCCCUGGAGUUCGUGCCGUACGGCUCCGAGUACCUGACACAUCACCCUGGAAACGCUCGGCUGCGCAGCGAUGGGAGCGCAGGUGACAGAGGCUCGACUGCCCCCACGAACGCUGCUGAUCUGUCGGAAGCUCUACAGGGCGUCUCCCUGCGCAUCAACAGGCGCAGUGACGACGGUCUUCAGCCGAAAACGUCGUCGUUUUGGAAGCUGAGAGAGAGCUCGUCCCUGGACGACGACUCGGACGGGGAGGAGGAAUUGUACGCGUCAACUGACACCGUAAUCUGGAGCAAGUCCAACGGCGGUGAUGUGCGCACAGUUCUGCGGACUUUCAACAUCAGCGGGAAGAUCCAGGACGCUCUAUGGUGCGACUUUAUAGUGGCCGACUACAAGGCGAGGCAUCUCGUCGGGAGCGUCAGCGCGUCAGAGCCGGAGACACGAGUGCCCUGUGUCUGUCUCUUCGAAAUGAGCUCCGGUACCUUGCACUGUUUCUCGCGCUCCGGAGAGGACUACACGCGCUCCGUGCCUUUCGUCGUGUCGCGCCUGUGGCCCAUGCGCUACGGCUUGCUGAUCGAGCGCCGAUCGCAAGAAGUCGCUCAAGCGGGCGCGCCGCACGUUCCCGCGGCGCCUAGCGAACACUGCGCGGCCGAUGCCUUCAUGUUCAGCCUGCUACACCCGCUGGACGAAGUGGCUCCUGUGGUGACGCGGACCGCGGUGCACGGCCACAUUCCGAAGUUCGGCUACAUGCAGUACGACUCCGGCGCCGAGGUGGUGUACGUGUGCGAAGAGCCCUCGCUGCUCGUCAUGUUCCACCGGGACCAGGCGACGCACACCGUGUGGCAAGUGCGACGCACCACGGAAGAGGAAGACCAGUUUGUCGACACCACCGCCGUCGUGUGCGGUUUGGACCGGACGCCGACAUGCUUCCGCGCCGCCGCCGGUUCGGCGUCGACGUCGGCCACUGCGUCGUCGUUUGGUUCCCCGCGCCUUUUCCACAGCACUCCCGCCACCGGUCGCUCGCCGCUGGACCGAGCGUCGAACUCCGGCCAUCACAGCCAGUCCCCCCUCGGUCACAUGGCGUAUUUGAGCAGAUCGCAGUCGCCGUUGCCUAGUGGAACGCCCCUCUUCACUCCGAGCCACGAAAACACGUUUAACACGUACUUGACGCACGACCAGCGUGACGCACAGACUUUGCCGGUCGUACCCGAUAUUUGCCUCGACCAGCUGUGGUGCGAGCCGCAGCCCUCGGGAGAGAGAGCCUCCAAGGCGUUUGUAAUCCGCGACAUGGUCGGGAACGCGUACAUUUGCUACCACUUGAUCUUUCGGAAGACGCUGAAGCUCGUCAGCUUCAACAAAAGUAGGGCGCGGCCAAAGCUGACAGAGUGCGACUCGAUAUCGGCGCUGGAUGUCCAGUAUCUGCCGUCUCUAAAGAUGUUGCUUGUGCUUGACCUGAACCACAGCCUUACGCUCUAUGCCGGACCCAGCAGACUGUGCAAAGUGCACGUGCCUUCAUUUGUGUUUGCGCCACCAAGAGAACUCGAGUGCUCACUUCCUCGUGCUGUGCCUUUGGUCCCCCGUCGCAGCAGCUUGAGUAGCGGUGGCAGCGGCGCAUUCCCGGAUAUCGGUGUUUCUCCCGUGUCUGCAAAUGCCAGCCACGUGCACACAGCAGCUGAAGACUCGGGACUCUUGCCACUGCCACACCAUGUCUCCCUGCUUGAUGCCGUCAGGAAUCGUGUUACCUUGGAGUCAUCGUCCGGAACAUACUAUCGGCUCAGCCUCCCCGCAAUGUCCAAGGACAGGAUCGUUAAACGCUGUCUGAAAGCGCUGUCGGUGGUUCUGCCUGAGGAACUGGGUGUCCAAGUGCUCACAAGGUGGUACAUGUCACGGAAUGCACCUGGACCUACAGACUUGACAGCUUCGACCGAAAUGCAUUCGUUUCUGUUGUUCAUUCUGGGUACAGUUGGCUGUGUUGCUGCCAGCGGUGGCUUACAACAAGUUGGAGGCAUGGACCUUGAUGUUGCAACUCCCGUAGCAGUGAAAAAAUCCAAAUCUAGUGAAGGCGGUUCUAAUGCAGACUGGGAGUACUUGCUAGAGCGGUCAGGGGGUCCUCUCAGGGUGGCAUCAAGAAGUGCACCGAAACCAGGACCGAAGAUGCCACUAUUUGUCCCCAGCUGUGACACCUUGGCUAGCAAUGUUGCACCCCUCCAGGAGCAUGCCUACAGCGUGCUGACUGCGCUUCACCUUGUCUACGAAGAUGCCAAGUUGGACGUGCUCGAGUGGCCCUCGUUGCCUCGAUUUGCCGGAUUCCUCUAUAGGCUGUCCGUCCAUCUGCACUUGAAGUCCUAUCAGGAUCUUUACAGGAAAGACUUCCCGGAGAAAAUCAGUAUCGACGAUUUCCCAUCUAGCACAUCAAUUCCUGAAGGUGAACCAAAGACCCCGUCCUGGUUUGCUUUGUCCCCACCUAACAUAUUUUCCUGGAUUGCAAAUACAAUGGCACAUCCGGGUGACAAGUCAAGGUUUCUUUAUAUUCCUGGAACAACCAAAUCUCUCAGAGCAGUUGUGCUUCUUUACACUGUGCUCUCUCACCCUCUGGAGUGUUCAUUUUCCAGCGACCUUUUGCAGGACAUUUCUGCAGCAUUUUUAGGAAAACGCGAAAGCCAUGGGUUCUCCUUUCCCAAGGAGAGUGGUGUAGGUGAGAGGAUAGUCUCUCUUCUUGUGAAGCUCGGCAUUGACUUGGACCAGCUUUCUCGUUGGCCCUCUGGAGUUGUCGCACCUCUUCAGGAUGCCAUGGUUGAGUGUCAAGACAGCCCUGCUCUUGGUUGGGGUCCAGCAGCAUAUCACUUAGUUGGAAGGGAAGAUCUCGCUGAGCUGACUGCACAGAAACAAAGAAAGUGUCUUGCAAAAAUUGCUGUGCCAGCUGUGCACGAAAACACAAAGCAGGGAUCAGGCUUUAAUGACAAGGACAAUGGCUUUGAGCUCCUUAACAAAGAAAUGUGCAAGUUAAAGUUCAGCAAAGACCAGCGCAUAGUUGAAGCAUGCCGCAUGCUGCAGUCAUCAAUGCCAGUGUGCAUCUCCAUCCAGCAGCGACCAGAAGUAAGUGACCACGAGUUUGUGGAGGAGCAGGAGCGUCAUCUGUAUGGCUUGUGCAUUCGCACCAUGGCCCUUCCUGUAGGCAGAGGUAUGAUGACUCUACGCAGCUGCCAACCUGUGCUCGCAGACCCGCUGCCCGUUCCAAAGCUUUGCCUUACAGGACGUGUUCCCCUGAGAAAUGCCACGGUUGACAUGUCUCACAUUGAAGUGCCCCCAAACAUGAACACAUGGCCCCUGUUCCACAAUGGUGUUGCGGCUGGCUUGCGUGUCGCGCCUGAUGCAAAUGACGUGGAUUCAAGUUGGAUCACCUUUAACAAGCCCCGAGCCAGCACUGCAACAGACGCCACUAUUGAGCAUGCUGGCUUCCUCCUCGGUCUAGGCCUCAAUGGCCACCUGUCUGCUCUCAGUGCCACGGCCAUCCAUGAUUACAUGGUGAAGAACCAUGAGCUGACUAGUGUCGGACUGUUGCUUGGCUUGGCUGCUUCAAAGCUGGGGAGCAUGGAUCUUGCAAGCACGAAAAUGAUGAGCAUCCAUGUUGAAGCACUCCUGCCGCCAACCUCCACAGAAUUGGACGUUCACCCACUUGUAUGCGUGGCAUCUGUCAUGGGUCUGGGGCUACUCUAUGCCGAGUCUGGUCAUAGUCAGAUGGCAGAUAUACUGCUCGGAGAAGUAGGUCGUCCUCCUGGCCCAGAGAUGGAUCACUGCAUUGACCGGGAAAGUUAUGCACUGGCUGCUGGGCUUGCCUUGGGCUUGGUCAUGCUUGGAAAGGGUGGCUCUCAGUUCUAUCAUUCCAAUUUGCGCAUGGCUGACCAACUUCACCAUUACAUGGUGGGAGGACGUGUGCGGUCAACGGGAAACCAGCGGGAAAGGUUCCGUUCUCCUAGCUACCAAAUUAGAGAAGGCAACACUGUCAACGUUCAUGUCACCAGCCCAGCAGCCACCCUAGCUCUUGGCAUGAUGUUUUUCAACAGCGGCAAUAAUGCAGUUGCUGGCUGGAUGGCUGUGCCAGAAACACAAUACCUCUUGGACAUGGUCCGUCCAGACUUCCUUCUUCUCCGUACACUGGCCUCUGGGCUCAUUCUUUGGUCCAACGUCUGUCCAACAAAAGCCUGGAUUGAGAGCCACAUACCUACAGUGGUGGCAUCCUAUGCAUUUCAAGGGGCGUCCGAAGAUGCGGACAUCGACCAUGAGACCAUGAGCCAAGCAUAUUGCAACAUAUUGGCUGGAGCUUGCCUCUGCGUUGGCCUCAAAUUUGCGGGCUCUGCAAAUUCUGAAGCAUUUGAUAUCCUCCACCACUACACCAUGUACUUUCUGGACCUGCAGAAGCAGGCAGUGGCUGAGCAAGCUGGGCGAAACACGCUGGAGACCUGCCUUCUCGUUGCAGUGCUGAGCCUCUCUCUCGUCAUGGCUGGCACUGGCGACCUAGAAAUCAUGCGCAUCUGCCGCCACCUCCGGCUGCGCUCCACCCAUGCUUCGAGCCAUGUCCUGUACGGUUCUUACUUGGUUACCCACAUGGCUUUAGGCUUUUUAUUCCUCGGGGGCACGGAGCUUACCCUUAGCACACGUCCCAUGGCCAUUGCAGCAUUGCUGUGUUCACUCUUUCCAUGUUUCCCCAUCCACAGCAGUGAUAACCGCUACCACCUGCAGGCCUUCCGGCAUCUCUAUGUGCUUGCCGUGGAGCCUCGCCACUUGCUGCCAGUGGACACUGUGACUGGGAACGUUGUGUACAGCCACAUAACUGUCUCCUUCAGGCCAACAAAUGCAUACAGUGCCUGCGAGUACACGUUGAAGGUGCCAUGUCACCUUCCGGAACUUGACCUCUUGGACAGUGUCGCCUUAAACGACCCCCGCUACUGGCCAGUCAUCUUCAGGCGCGACAAGAACUGGGACCUUCUCAAAUCUGUGCUCUCCUCCCGUGGCCGGCUGUGCAUCAAGCACAAGGCUGGUUGCCUGCCGUAUGCCGUGGAUCCUACGGGCUGCAAGACGGCCUUUGAGCAAAGUGCCAUCAAGGACCUGCUGCGUGGAUGGUCGACGAGGCCCAAGGUGUCUGCCUGCUUCUCUGAGAACACUGUCAUUUCAAAGUUCACCGAGUUUUUCCUUCGAGUGCGUGCGUCUGGCGACUCUGAGCAAGCGCUGCAACAUGCUUUUGGCACCAUACUCUUAGAGUGCACCAUGCGCGAAAGGGUGGACACACUUUCCACGCUCUUUGACCUGUUCCAAACAGCCAGGCACGACUUCAUGCAGUCUACGCUACCGCUGUGGCAGGCCAGGAUUGUGCUUGCCUACUACGACUACUGCCGAGGUCAGAAGCGACAACUCAUAGACACUUCCUUUGCUGUCACCCUGCGAGCACGCAUUGCGGCCGCCGUCGAUGACGACCUCCCCAAGGAAGAUUUGGCUGCAGCAGUGCAGAUGUAUGUAAAGGAUGGAGCCACUGUGCCUGCAGCCGUGCUUCCGUUUCUUGUGUGGCAUGACAUUUCAUGCCCUCUGUCGAAUACUCGCCAAAGUGGUAACAGUCCUAUCCACUUCCUUGCCUUCUGCCUUGAACAUCUGUCACCAGCCAUCGGCAUUGAAACAGUCCUGCAGUCGCUGCUGUGAGUGUGUUGGUGGUUACAGACAUGGGGGACUAGACUAUUCUACACCUUUAACUUAAUAAAUGUUUUGUUGAUUCAA